AUGAGCCCGCAAGUAUCAUCCCAAUGGUCUUCAGCUGCUCUUGGGUUGCAACCUACAUUACUGCCUGAAACGGUUUGUAAUGCCGUGCCUGGAGGAGGAGCUGCUACGUCCGUUGGGGAGACCUAUAGUGGAGAUGAUUCCCCCACUCUGAGGAUCUCUGACACCUCUAGUGGUGGUGAUCGACUCACUCGUAAGAAUAUCUUUAUAGUACCGGACUNNNNGAACGAAGAGGAGAAGAAGAAGGCGUAUGCGGGUGACUUUGAUUUCGACUCGCCUGAUGCUAUUGAUUUCGAGGAGCUCAAAGACUGUGUCAGAGAUCUGCGGUCCUGGCAUGAUGUGCAUAUCCCCCUGUACGACUUCACUAAGCACGCUAGGAAGGAAGAGACGACAACGUUGAAGGCGCAUCAGGUUAUUAUUGUCGAGGGAAUUCUGAUAUUCAAUGAUCCUGAAUUGCGUGAUCUGAUGGACUUGAAGAUAUUCGUCGAGUGUGAUGCGGAUAUACGCCUAGCCCGUCGGGUCAUCAGAGACAUCGCUGAGCGAGGACGUGAACUCGAAAAUGUGCUCGGACAGUAUCAGAGGUUCGUCAAGCCUAGUUACGAGAAGUAUGUUGAACCAGGAAAGAGGUUCGCCGAUGUGAUUAUUCCGAACAUUGGCGAGUCGAUCAACUAUGUUGCGAUUGAUAUAAUAUCGCAACACAUAAGGCUGCAGUUGGCGGCUCGUAAGAGACAUAAGCAUCAUGUUAGAAGGGCGCAUUCUCAUUAUCGCCAUCCGCGUCAUGACAGUGCCCUCACCGAAGCGGCUCUGACACCGACUAGGUAUUCGACUGAUGUCAAGGCUCGUAAUAUUCAGUUCCAUCGCAAACGCAAUCUGCAGUAUUAUGACCUAUCAGCGAGAUCUAACUACAAUUUCGAGAAGCCUUUCCUCUGGCUCGCUCGCCGCCUCACUAACCAACCUCAGCUCGUUUUCCAGGGUGAAUUCGCCAAGGCUCCGGAGUUCCAGAUUAACCCUGAGCUCGUGGCCCAGCAUGAGAAGGAAUUACAGGCUGCCCAGGACCAAGCUAUCGAUGAUGAUGACGAUGACUUGUAA